UGAGAGUCUAAACUGCGAGCACUGCUCUGAUCUUCUAUUUGACAACUUGAUCUUCCUCUCUGUAGGCGGUUUGCGCCUUGCCCACUGCCUGUCCCUUCCGUCUCUUCUCGCAAUUACGAUCGCUCUUCAAUACUCUGCUCGCACGCCUCUUGUCCGUUCUGCAUUGAGAUCUGCCCGUUUUCUGUCUGGACGUAGAGUCGAAUGCGUGGCUCAAGUCUCUGAUGGACUGGAGUCGCUGCUCAUCGUCAUGCUGUCGGUCCAACUAUGUCCGAACCACGUCGUCCUUCGGACGCGCCUGUCAACCUGAAAGAUCCUAGACUCCGGCGGGCAGCGCCCCAUAAUACGAGCGACACAGCGUCCAGUCCCGCAAUUGAGAAAAGAGACCCCCUCGUCGUAAGAGAAGGAACAUCUUCUGGAGCCAAUACGCCACAGAGGAGCGAUGCCAGUCUCGAAACCACACUCCGGCCGAAUAUUGAUCCUGCUGAUCGGGAGAAGUCCCUGAUCACCCUGUUUUCCAAUGCCACUGACAGUAGGCUACUGUCGCGAGACCGGGAUUAUUUGGAGAAGAAAGUGAAGAAGGCCCGUGCCGAGUAUGAGCGUGUACAGCGUACCCAUGCGCAAUUCCCACUUAUGGUCCAUCAGUCCGCUCAGAAUCUGAAGAAGGUAGAGGAGUGUUACAAGGUGGCCCAGCAAGAGGCGGAUCAGCAUGGCACCGCGGAGAGGGCGGCGGUUCGAGAUUUUCUACGCCUUUUCGUCGAUCAGCCCGUUAAAGACUCGUCAAGAUAUGAAGCCUUGCUUACCGAGAACAACGAUCUACGACAUCAAUUCCAGUCCCUCCAGUCUCAAUAUUCUUCACAGCGCGAAAUUACAGAGAAGUCUACACACGAGCUAGCUAAAGUCAUUGCCGAAAAUGAUGACCUAAAAAAGCGUGUAUUCGACCAAGAAGGCUCACUCAAGGCACUAAGUCAAGACAUAAUAAGCUGGCAAGAUUCUCAGCGACAAGUGGAAAAGAGUGUCGAGACGUUACGAGAUGAUAUGCGAGACACCUCUAAAACAGCAGAAAGAUUUCUAGAGUUCGAGAGCUUCCGCAAGAGUGCCCAGCUGAAAGCGAAGGCUACCCAAGGCGGUCUUGAACUUGUGGAGGAAAAAGUACUGUCGAUCGAGAAAACAUUGUCAUUGCAACAGAAAGAUGAGUCGCGUGAUAAGGGUGAAAUCGCCCUUUUACACCAGGAGGUUUUACGACUCCAAGACGGCAUAAAAGCAAACGAGUCAGGAGUAGAUGCCGUCAAGAAAGAAGUCGACACCUUACGGAAAUCCGAUGAAGCCCAGUCUGAGAGAAUCAAGGUCCUAGGCAAUAACGUGGAUCAACUCUCCGAAUCUCUAGUCGACCAUAAAACCACGACGCUAAAUGCACUUGCCCAGCAGAUGGAUGACAGGCUAGCUCAAGUAGCAGUCGAGUGGGAUCUCGUGAAAUCCCGGCUCUGCAACCAAGACAAGGAGACCGAGCGCAUCGAACACGAAUUAUGCGCCAAAGUUACAAGUCUUCAGCAGGAAUUGACGAAACUCGAACAGACUUCAAGCGCAAUUGAAAAGGUGCCAGCGGUCGCAGCACUUACACCUAGAGUCGAAGAGCUGGAACAGCUGCAGAAGAAGCUACAAAAUGGCUUUGAAUCUGUACGCCAUAACUUCCAAUGGCUGGACCAGCGCUUUAACAGUCUAAAAACCACAGAGUUGCACCGUUCGAUAUUAGCAUCCAUAGGGCCGGUGCUCCCGAAGUACGAUCAGGGUCUGAUAGACCUUGCAAAAGUUGCGGAGGAAAUUAAGCAGUUACGAAACAAGAAUGACCAAACUGCCCGGAUAGCCGACGACAACAGCCCAGUAAAAGAUGAGGGUGUUGGGCAACUACGAUUAGACUAUGAUGCUCUAACGAAGCAAUUCCGAGAGAGCAGGGACAAGGUAAUGCUCAACAUCAAUGAGCUUCAGCAUACUCAGCUGCGUUCGGGGAACGAAGCAUCAUUGUUCCGCGAAAAUAUCGAAAACAAACUGGAGGAGCUUGAGAAUCAGAUCCACGAGCUACGUCGCUCCAUGAAAAGGUCCGGAAGUUCGAAGCGGCCGACGCCGGAUUGUGAUGACCUCGGUUUCAGUAUUAAGGCUAGAAGCCAAGCGCGUCCAUUGGAACGACGAACCACUGCAAUGUCAGAACGUCGCUAUACGGAACAAUCGGCUCGCUCCCAGAUGAGCCGGCGAACUGAAGAUGUUGAAAGUGCAGAUGAAUCAAACCCUGAGGCAUCACAACAGGAACAAGAGCGACUGGGAAUGCUCGCCAAGUUCAAGGGUCCUGCAACGAGUUCCCUCCACACCUCUGUAGACGAUGAGUCGUUGAUGAAGUCACCCGCCAGAGUUCGCGACCGACAACUAGGGAAAAGAAAACGAUCUGAGAGGGAGGAUCCUAAAGACACGGCGAUUGCUGAGUCUGAGGCUGAGGAUGUUGGACGGCCGAGGCGCAGAACCAGAAAAUGGGAUGAACGUGCUUCAUUGUGAUAGUGUUCUUUCUGUGUUGAUCAUGAAGCAUGGUGCCAUGCUAAAAGGUUGAAAGCUAGAACGACCCUCGGUCCUGGAUUGGCGCAUGACUAAGACGAAUUUCAGGCUUAGGCACCGGAAUCUGUCAGAUUGAAAAAUUUUGGGAGGCCAAUACGAGUCUUAUGAUCCAAGGCCUGAUCUGUAUAUUAGGUACUCCGUAGAUUCGCGGAAUGCGGCCCAUCCAGCAAUUGAACAUG